GGGGUGGAUGGAAGAUGUUUGUAGGGUGCAGCUUGGAGGAUAAGUUGGUUUUCUUCUGCGUUCUCCAUUGCCCUGUUCGAUCAGACGAUCACUGAACCAUUCCCCGGAGAAGAGGGAGAUAGAAGCAAAUAAGCUCUUCAUUUCCCUCUCAAGAGCAGCUCAUCGAAGCUGUCAGAUUUGGCCAUUAUCGGUGCAAAUUCAGAGAUGGUUAAGAUCAAGGAAUUCCGGAUCGUCGUGCCUAUGUCGAUGGAAGAGUAUGAAAUAGGGAUCAGCUACACCAUCAUGAAGAUGGAGCAGCAAAACACGAACAGCAAGGAGGGCGUCGAGGUGCUGCAACAGGUCCCAUUUGAGGAUGAGAAGCUUGGCAAGGGCCAAUACACCUCGAAGAAUUAUCAUUUGCAGAGCAAAAUUCCAUCUUGGAUGAAAGGUUUUGCGCCAGCAAGUGCACUUACCGUGCAUGAGGAAUCAUGGUGCGCAUAUCCAAACAGCAGGACAGUGAUCAAGUGCCCGCUUUUUAGCAAGUGUUCACUGACCAUCGACACUGUGAUCAGACCUGACAAUGGCUGCUCUGAGAACGCCCACAAUUUAACCAGUGAACAAUUAGCUGCAAGAGAGGUAGAGGUCGUCGACAUCGCGUUGCAGUCGAGGGACUACUGGAGCAAGGUGAUCAGCGCCCCAAACGUCGACCUGACAGCCUUCAGGUCGCAGAGGACGAGCCGAGGCCCUCUCUUGAAGGGUUGGAUGGAUUCAUGCCGUCCCGUCAUGACCACGUACAAGCUGGUGAUCAUGGACGCUCCGAUCUGGGGCUUGGGUGAACGCCUGGAAGACUGCAUCAUCGCGGGGGAGAGGGCGCUGUUCUUGGCGUGCCACCGGCUGUGCUUCGCGUGGAUCGACGAGUGGUACGGCAUGACGUUGGAUCAGAUCCGAGAGAUGGAGCGUCAGACCGACCUGCUUCUCAAGAAGACGCUGAAGAAGCCUGCGAAGGCCGGGAGCAAGCACGAUGGCAAGAGGAAGACGCUCAAAGAGGAGAUUGUAGCUGUCGGGAGCUGCACGUAGUAAAUUGGAUUCUACGCGAGAUGUGGUUCGCUACACUGGAUGGCUCCAAGCUGUCACUCUGUCAGAUUAGGCAUGCGUUGAGAUCUGGCAAAAAUUAAGCACUGUACAAAGGAAUCCACGGAUGAUGAUGUGUAUAUGUUGGCAUUCAUCGACUGCUAGUCCUCAGAAUCAAAAUUGAUUGCUCGUCCUCAGAAUCAAAAUUUAUUGGUCGAUCCAGGGUACCAGGAAAAAUCGUAGUAUUAAGGCCAGUCCGAUUUGACCAUCGGUUGAUCAUACCAGAUGCUAUUUUCAGGUGAAACUGCUCGUAACCCUGUAAGAUUCCGAAGGUGUUUUCCCAAUUUUUUUUGGAAAAAAGUAAACACUGGCCCAUCAUUGAACCCUAACAGGAAGGGGCUAUUCA